UCGGGCGAGCCUCCUCCGUCUCCGACUUCAGAACUCCUUUUACGACACUGAGUCUCUCGGAGGCAAGUCUCGGCGCCAGGUCCACUUUUCGGCAAAGUGACGUGGACGUCAACAGCAAUGGCGGAAGGAGAAGAGCUUCUGCCACUGUCAACGUCGGGCGGGGACAGCUGGGAAAAAGAUCUUGAAGAAGCCCUGGAAGCAGGAGGUUGUGAUCUUGAAACUUUGAGAAAUAUUAUUCAAGGGAGACCUCUGCCUGCUGAACUGAGGGCACAGGUUUGGAAGAUUGCUCUGAACGUUGCAGGAAAAGGUGAUAGUUUGGCAUCCUGGGAUGGUAUUUUAGACUUGCCCGAGCAGAACACUAUUCAUAAAGAUUGCCUAGAGUUUAUUGAGCAGCUCUCAGUGCCAAAGGAGAAGACAGCAGAUUUACUUCUGGAUGUAGAAUCUGUAAUUACUUUUUACUGUAAGUCACGCAAUGUUAAAUACAGCACAUCCCUGAGCUGGACUCAUCUACUAAAGCCACUGGUGUGUCUCCAGCUGCCUCGCAGCGACCUAUACAACUGCUUUUAUGCCAUCAUGAAUAAGUACAUUCCCAGGGAUUGUUCCCUGAAGGGGAGGCCAUUUCAUCUCUUCCGAUUGCUCAUCCAGUACCAUGAGCCUGAGCUUUGUUCUUUUCUUGAUACAAAGAAAAUCACUCCAGACUCCUAUGCACUCAACUGGCUUGGGAGCCUUUUUGCACAUUACUGUUCCAUUGAAGUCACUCAGGCGAUAUGGGAUGGAUAUCUACAGCAAGCAGAUCCAUUUUUUAUUUAUUUUUUAAUGUUAAUUAUCCUUGUAAAUACAAAAGAAGUUAUUUCAGCACAAGAGUCUGAGAGCAAAGAAGAAGUUAUCCACUUCUUGGAAAAUACUCCAUCUAGUUUGAAUCUGGAAGAUAUAGAAGACCUCUUCUCUUUGGCUCAGUAUUACUGUAGUAAAACACCAGCUUCUUUUAGGAAGGACAAUCAUCAUCUCUUUGGUAGUACACUGUUGGGAAUCAAGGAUGAAGAGGCAGAUCUGAGCCAGGCUCUGUGUCUGGCUGUUUCAGUGUCAGAGAUCCUUCAAGCAAACCAGCUGCAAAGGGAAGGAGUCCGGUUCUUCGUGGUGGACUGCCGUCCUGCAGAACAGUAUAAUGCCGGACAUUUGUCAACAGCGUUCCACUUAGAUUCAGACCUGAUGCUCCAGAAUCCAUCCGAGUUUGCACAGUCAGUGAAGUCCUUGCUGGAAGCACAGAAGCAGUCCCUUGAGUCUGGCUCCAUUGCCGGUGGGGAGCACCUCUGUUUUAUGGGCAGUGGCCGAGAGGAAGAAGACAUGUAUAUGAACAUGGUGCUGGCACACUUUUUACAGAAAAACAAAGAAUAUGUUAGUAUUGCCAGUGGAGGAUUUAUGGCCCUGCAGCAGCACCUGGCCGACAUUAAUGUGGAGGGACCAGAAAGUGGAUAUGGCCAUUGGAUUGCUAGUACCUCAGGCUCAAGGAGCAGCAUCAGUUCUGUUGAUGGUGAAUCUUGUAAUGGCUCAAACGAUAGAGGAAUGAAGUCCCUUGUAAAUAAAAUGACUGUGGCUCUAAAGACGAAAUCUGUUAAUGUCAGGGAGAAGGUCAUCAGUUUUAUUGAGAAUACAUCAACUCCUGUGGACCGAAUGUCUUUCAAUCUUCCUUGGCCAGACAGAUCAUGUACAGAGCGGCAUGUGAGCAGCAGCGACCGAGUGGGCAAGCCUUACCGUGGAGUAAAGCCCGUGUUCAGCAUUGGGGAUGAAGAGGAGUACGACACAGAUGAAAUUGACAGUUCUUCAAUGUCGGAUGAUGACAGAAAGGAAGUGGUAAACAUUCAGACCUGGAUAAACAAGCCAGACACCAAGCAUCAUUUUCCCUGUAAAGAAGUCAAAGAAAGUGGACAUAUGUUUCCCAGUCACCUGCUGGUAACUGCAACACAUAUGUACUGCUUACGGGAGAUUCUUUCUCGGAAAGGACUGGCUUACAUCCAGUCUCGACAAGCACUAAAUUCUGUAGUUAAAAUUACGUCCAAAAAAAAACAUCCUGAGCUGAUUACCUUCAAGUAUGGAAACAGCAGUGCUUCUGGGAUAGAAAUCUUGGCUAUUGAAAGGUAUUUGAUUCCAAAUGCAGGAGAUGCUACCAGAGCCAUAAAACAGCAGAUCAUGAAAGUGUUGGAUGCUUUGGAAAGUUAAUGUAAAAGAAAAUUAUUUAAGUGAAAUUAUGGCAACCAAGAGAAACAUGAAAAUAUAUUUCCUGACUCAAUACUAACCAGAGACCUUUCAUUUGCUCAUGAGGGUGCCUGAGUAGAGGGUCUAAGUGCAAAUUAUUGUAAUCAAUCUCGGGAUGGGUACACUUUUUUUAAAAAUUUCUUUUGCAUCUUUGGUUUUAUAAAAUGAUUUAUUAUAAAGGCCAGUUAUUAAAUGACUUUGAAGUAACUGGCCUUGUGCCCUAUGGACCAAGGGCACAGAAUGCAGUUCUGUUUUGAAGAGCUGUUUUAAGGGAUAUGCAUCAUUUUCAGGUUUUAAAACAACUGUACACAUACAUAUUUGCAAUGUCUUCACUGAAAUUUAGAGAUAGAUUUAGUUGAAGAGAGUUAAUUGCUACAUUGAGUUUUGCUGCCAUGAGCAAUAUCAGAAAAUUGAAAGUAUAGAUUAAUAAUUAGCUCACUGUUUCUGUUCUUAAAAAGACUGAAGUCUGUUUAAUGGAAUGAAUGGAGAGUGUAGCCAACUCAAAACCGAGCCCUAGUGAAGCCCUGAAGCAUCAGCUUCAUUCCUCUUCACUCCAGGAGGUGGUUAGUUGUCCACUAACUGCCUCAGAGAUUCCAGGCUCCAUCCCAGUGGUUGCUAAGGAGCGGUUAACAGCAUUAGAAGUAAGUAAGCAUGUUAAGGUUCAGAUUAGCAUUUGGGGGACAGAAUGGUAUCUUUAAAAUGUCAUUGGUCUUUAUUCCAUGGAUCAUUUGGUCUAGGAUAUUUCAGAGUGUUUUGACUGCUCUGAUUUAUCCUUCUUGAGAUGAUCACCUGGGACCACACUAAUGUCCAGUUUUAAAAAAGACAGAUAAUCAGAGAGCCAUAGAAAUUUCAGUGUUUUUAUAUCACUUUCUAAAACUGUUCUUUUGGUUUUGUCUUCUCAGUAACAAUGUCAGUAGCUGAAACUGUUUUCACUCUGACAAAACGGAGCAGUCUGCUUUAUUUUGCAGCUUGCUCAGGUUAAUUUCUGUGGCCCAGAUGAGUCACAUGUGAUGAGAGAUCCAGAAACAUCUUUUGGACCAUGGGAUGAUUUUCAUAAAAUCUGUUUGAAAAAUAGGAACUAUAACCUGCCAUGUCAUAAAACGUAAUAGAUUUUCUGUAAGGGGUUGGCUGAUAGAAAUAUCUAGAUGUACCCCACUAGUAGCCAGUUGUUUUAAUUUGCUUAAUGGAAAUCAAGUGAAUAAAAGAUAACACAAUUAAAAGAACCUUAUUCUGAUAUCUAAAUAAAAACAAUUUAUUUGAGUGGUUGAAGACAUUUGCAUGAAAUUGCACCUGUGCAGUACUUGAUAUUUAUAACUCUUUCCCCAAACUAUUGUAUUGCAUUUUUCCAUUUUCUUGACACCCUCUUUGAAAUGUCCUCAAGUCUCAUUUUUCAACCAUCUCAGCUAUGGGACUUUUUUCAUAAUAUUAAUGUAAAGAUGUUUGUGUUACUGUUUAUAAAUUACAAUUGUAAAUAAACUGAUAAAGUUUGCUCAAAA